CGUGUUUUUAUGUGAUGACCGUAAUGUUACACAUCUAGGGUCAGCUUAACUGCCGAAGAUGGCAAGUGACAAAGAACUAGCUAGCGGCGGCGACGCUGCGAACGAGCCCAGCGUUGGUGGAAAUGCUUUAAGUACAAAUCAGGCAGUUCUUCAGUACUUCUGGGAUUUGGCGUCAUAUGACGAGAACAUCCGCUUGACGGCCGCAAAGGGUCUCGUUGCGGACUUGACCGCGGACCAAGCAAAGCAUCUUGAAACUCUGGGCGACGAUACCGCAAGCGCCCCUGAAGAUGGCGCCCCCAAAGUCACCCUACUGGAGUACCACCUCCGUCGAUGCUCACCCACCAUGGUUUACACCCUGCGCCGCCUGGCCCGCGGCCUUGGCUCCUCCCGCCAGGCUGCCCGGCAGGGCUACGCCACCGCGCUGGCGGGGCUGCUGGGUGCUAGCGGCUGCGUGAGCGCGGCGGGGGUGCUGGUGCUGCUGGAGGCGUGCAACGAGGGGUCCAUGAAGGGAGGGGAUGCCAAGGACACCCUGCUGGGCCGCAUCUUUGGCUACGGAGCGCUGCUGCGCUCAGGGCUGCCCCUGGAGGCGGGGCAGCUGGGGUCGCUGUUCUCGGGUCUGCUGGAGUGCGGCGCGCGCAAGUCCUUCCUGCGGGAGGCGGCGGCGGCGGUGGCGCUGGAGGCGGCGGCGCGGAUGGAGCCGGCGGGGGUGGCGGCGCUGGCGGUGCCGGGGCUGCCGCUGGGGAAGAUGCUGGCGGCACCGGUGGAGGAGUCGACGCCGGAGGCCCUGCUGCUGGCGCUGGUGCUCUGGCCACACCUCCCCGCCUCCGUCAUCUCCUCCUGCCGCCUGCUCCCACCCAACACCCCGCCCCCGCCACCCGAGCUCUUUGCCUCCGCCAGCUCGCAGCCCCUCUCCGCCGCCACCACCGCCGCGGCCGCCGCCACCGCCGCCGGCUUCUUCACGGCCGAGCACCUCCGCCGGCUGCUGCCGCUGCUGCUGGCCUCCUCCGCCUCGCACCCGCGCAUGCACACGCUGUGGCGUUACGUGCUGCCGAUGCUGCUGCCGGGCUUCAGGCCGCACAAGCACAUGGACCUGGAGGUGCUGGCUGCGGCGCAACAGCCCGCGUCCGCUGAGGCGGCUCCCGCUGCCGCAGAGCCCGCAGCAGCAGCCGCGACCCCCGCAGGGGGGAAGAAGGGUGGCGCUAAGAAGGGAGCGGCGGCGGCUGCCGCCGCCACCCCCGCCAGCGCCAGCGCGGCUACCAAGGGCCCAGUCAGCAGUGCCCUGCUGGAGUCGUUUUGGCAGGUGGUGGUGGAGGGCGGGCUGAUGGACAGCUCCCCCGAGCGCCGCUACCUGGGCUUCCAGCUGUUCAGCCGCGUGCUGCCGCACCUGCGCCCCGAGCACGUGCCGGUGGUGUUCUCGCCCAACCUCACGCGCACGCUCACCAACAACGUGCAGCGCAGCAGCAGCAUCCUGCAUGCGCCGGCGCGGAGGCUGCUGGACGGCAUCUCUGCCUUCCUGGAGCGCAGUGCGGGUGCGGGCGGCGCGGAGAGCGGCGUGAAGGUGGCGGUGGCGGCGGCGCUGCAGCGGCUGGGCGGGCUGGCGCCGCGGGAGCUGGUGGCAGACAAGCUAAUGAACAAGCUGGUGCAGGGUCUGGACGCGGAUGGGGUGCACCAGUACACGUCAGCGCUCAUGACCGCCUUCCUGGCAGGCCAGCAGCCGCUGCAGCCGGGCGUGUCGGCAGCAGCGGGGGGCAAGGAGGAGGAGGAGACGGCGGCAGGGGAGGCGGAGAAGGAGCAGCUGGUCGCCGAGCGACGCGGGCAGUGUCUGGAGCAGCUCCUAGCUGCUUCCCGCUUCCCCGCCGCCCGACCCGAGGACACCGCCGCCGUACUUCGCUUCCUGGCGCUGCAUGCCUUUGCCCAGGUCUCCAAGCAGGGUAAGCAGGCAGCCAAAUCCAAGCAGCAGCAGCAGCUGCCUGAGGUGGCCGCUGCCGCCGCCGCCGCCCCUGCUGCCCCCAUCCAGCCCGCCACUCGGGCCUUGUGCGCUGCCCGCCUGAUCACUCUGCUGGGCUACAUGAGCAAUGUGGCGCAAGCCAAGCUGAGGAGCUCCAUGCAGCAGCAACAGCAGCAGCAGCGGAAGGACGCCGCGGGCGGGAACGGCGAGGCUGAUGCGUCCGCGCAGCAGCAGCAGCAGCAGCCGGCGUCUAAGAAGCGCAAGACUGCGGCCGGAGCAGCAGCAGCAGCACCAGGGGGUGAAGACGGCGCUGCUCCUGAAGCAGUGAACCCCGCUGCCGUACAUCAGCCGUUGCAUGACACCCUGUCAUUCGUCCGUAAGGCCCUUCAGAGCCAGGGAGUGUCGUUCGCUGCUCCCCUGGAUGAGGCGGGCGAGAGCGGCAUGCAGCUGCUGGCGGCGGUGGAGACGGCGUGCCUCGAGCAGCUCGCCUCAAUUGACAAGCAGCAGCAACAGCAGCAGUCCAAGAAGCAGCAGAAGGACGCAGCUAACAAGCAGCAGCAGGCGGGCGCAGCCACCUCCUCGCGACUGCGUGCCUUGGCGGUGCUCGCAGCUCAGCUCCAGCUGCAGUUGCUGGCGGACCCCUCAGGCUUUGAGGCGGACCUGCCGCCCAGUCUGGUGCGGGUGGCUGCCGAGGGCCUCGGGCUGCAGGGGCUACCGGAGGUCCAGGAGGAGGAGGAGGAGGGAGACGAGGAGGAGGAGAAGAAGAAGAAGGGUGACAAGGAGGGGGCAGCAGCACCCUCCACACCGACGUGGGGUGAGGUGUUGGUGGAUGUGUUGCUGGCCAUCAUGGCGCGACCCGGCGGGUCGGUGCCCAUUGCGCCGCUGCGUGAGGCGGCGGACACGCUGUGGCGGCAGUGCUGCGAGGGGCUGAGCGGGGAGGGGCUGGGGGAUCUGGUGCGGGUGGUGGCGGCGGGCGGCAAGGGCGAGGGACAGGACGCGGCAGGGCUGUUUGAGAGCGACGAGGAGGAGGAAGAAGAGGAGGAGGAGAGCGAGGAUGAGAGCGAGGAGGAGGAGGAGGAGCAGGAGGAGAAGAAGCCGGCAGCAGCAGCAGCAGGCAAGAAGCGCAAGGCAGCGGAGGACAAGGAGGGCGGCAGUGACGAUGACGAUGACGAGGAUGAUGAUGAAGACGACGGCGAUAUGGACGAUGAGGCCAUGUUCCGGCUGGAUGACAAGCUCGCAGCGUACUUCCGUACCCUGGCGGGCGGCCGCAGCGGCGGCGCGGCAGCAGCGGAGCGCGCAUCCGCGCUGCUCAACUUCCGCCUCCGCGCCCUGGCGCUGCUGGAGAUGUUUGCCAAGCGCUGCCCCAACAGCCCGCUGCUGCUGGCGGCACUGGUGCCGCUCACGCGCGCGCUGGCGACCGCCUCGCGACCCGCGGGUCAGCCGCAGAUGGCGGAUCGGCUCCGGGCGGUCCUGACCAACAAGCUCUGCAAGUGCAGGUGCAAGGUAGACGUGGCGGCGCUGGGCGGCCCCGAGGGCUACUGCGCCGCCCUCAAGCGUCUUCUGUACGAGGCCUCCCGCAGCCGGGAGCGGGCCGUGGCGGCGGCGGCGCUGCAGGGCUACACGGCACUGCUGCGGGCGGGAGCGGCGGCGGAGGGAGAGGCUGCGGAGACCGCUCGCGCCUCCUUCCGCGCCGCCCUCACCGACCUCCUCACCAAGAAGAAGACGCGCCUCUCGCAGGAGGGCCUGGCCGCCGUGUGCCGCGCCGCGCCCGCCGCCUGCCUGCCCGCCCUGGACCUGCUGGUGACCCACGGGACGGCGGGUCGUAACGCCCACGUGCGCACUCAGGCUGUCGUACUGCUGGCGGCGCUCACU